AUGAGCGGCACCGAUUACAUUCGAGUCAAGGACCUGCUCGUCAAUGCCUACCUGUCUUCAGGCGCUCGGUGGCCACCAAAGGAGCCAGGCAAACCGACUCUGCAGCCUAUUUUUAUCACGAUAUCCAUACCAUAUGAUAUCAAAAAAGCAGCGGACAACGAUGACCUCGAAAACAGCAUAAGUUACUCGGCUCUGGCAUCUACGGUAAGGGCUGCCCUCAGCCCCGACCCAUCAGCGGAAUUCACCCCAGUGUUUGACUCCUUGGAGUCUGUCGGCUGCUGCAUCUAUGAUCUCCUUCUUUCCGAAUCCCCCUACCGCUCCAUUUUGCACCAGAUACAGCUAAAAAUCUCCCAGACUAAACCUCCACUGCACUGCCACGCUGUCGUCGUCGAAUCAAGUGCAACACAAAGCACGGAUUCGUGGUACCUGGAUCGGAUCAGAUACCUCUGCGAAAAUAUAGAAUGCCAUGCGAUCAUUGGGGUGAAUCCUGCCGAAAGGCUUGAAAGGCAGCUUGUCCGCUUGAAUGUCUCGAUUGAUCACCCGGGUUAUUGUCCAGGGUCGGGAAAAUCUUUGGAUUUCAGAUCGCUGAUACGACGUCUGUAUGAGAAUGUGGGAAAGACAGAAUUUCUAACAUUAGAAGCAUUGGCGUCCUACACAGCGUUAGAAAGUCUAAAAGAAUUGCGGCUCUUCCUUCAAAGCGACCUCGCUCCAUCAAUUAACGUCAAGGCCGCAAAGCCUUAUGCUCUGGUCUUCGCUAGUGCUUCUGAAAUCGAAGUCUGUCGGACAUUUUCCGAUUACCCUUCCGAGUUCAAGACGGACAGGGUAAAACAUCAGUCACUGGACGUACCCUCGCUGUCUACUGCGGUCAUCGCGUUCGGCUCAAACCUUGGGGAUCGUUUUUUCAAUAUUGAGCUCGCCCUUCGAUUACUCGAAGUACCAAAAUACUACUCCCUUCAAAAUGCCCACGCAGUUGUGGAUAUUCUCGACACCAGUUUCUUGUAUGAAAGCGCACCGAUGUAUGUCACAGAUCAGCCUGCGUUCAUUAAUGGUGCCUGCAUCAUUCAAACCAAUCUCCUGCCUUUGGAACUUUUGGGCCUCCUUAAAAAAAUAGAAGCCACUGUCGGAAGAGUACCUUCCAUUCGAAACGGCCCUCGAGCAGUGGACCUUGACAUUAUUCUCUAUAGCGACCUCGUCAUCGAUACUAGACCCCUUCAUCAACGGCAAACCGAUGAAUAUUUAGAGGGAAGUUUAGUGAUUCCCCAUCCACGAAUGUGUGAAAGGGAGUUCGUUCUCCGACCCUUAAAAGACAUGAUUCCCGACAACAUACAUCCGAUCAUUGGGAAAUCAAUAGCCACGCUCUUGGAUGAAGCACUAUCGACAUUCCCUGUGCCAGAGUUCCCAAUGCAGAAGGUUAUACCUUUUCCGAGAUACCCGCUAUCCUCGGAUAGCAAGGCGCUCUUGACCAACGUCCCCCCUGUACCUUCUAAUCUUACAUACUGGGCAUUUCCCUGCUCACCUGGCUCUCCGUCCUUCCAAACACGACUCAUGGCCAUCCUUAACUCAACGCCGGACUCAUUCUCCGACGGAUCAGUUCACAAUACGCUCUCUACCGCGCUGGACUGUGCACGCCAUGCUACACAAUCAGGCGCAGAUAUCAUAGAUAUUGGCGGCUAUUCGACGAGACCGGGCGCUGCAUUCGUUAGCGUUGCGGACGAGAUUGCAAGAGUUUCACCGGUUAUUUCUGCCAUCAGAAAAUCCGAGACAGAUGAAAUGCUCCGCGAUGUGCUUAUUAGCGUGGAUACAUUCCGCUGGCAAGUUGCAAGGUCCGCAAUUAGUUCUGGGGCAAACUGCAUCAACGACGUGUAUUCAUUCACCGGUCCAUCAUGUUAUCCGUAUCCUUCCGACGAUGCUAUGGAACAAACUAUUGCCCGACAAUAUAUCACUGAAUUGAAGAAGCUGACCAGGGAAUUUGCCGUUCCUGUGGUGUUGAUGCAUUCUAGGGCUGAAGCAGGGGCCAAUAAGAAUUACGGCGAUUAUUCAUACGCCGGAUCAAAAAAUUCGGUGGUUGAGGGCGUUCGCGUCGAGCUCGGAAUAAAAGUCGAUGAUAUCGUGAAAGGGAAGGGAGGGAUAAGAAGAUGGCUCGUUAUCAUUGACCCCGGCGUUGGAUUCAGCAAGACCGUCGACGGAAACCUGCAAGUCCUCCGGGAUUCAUCAUCUAUAACGGAUGAUAUCUAUAUUGGAUCUAGUUCGUCUUCCUAUAGUCUUCAAUUUUUAUCAGUGCCUUUACCUUCAAAGAUAGAAUCAGACCGAAGGCGUAACCCCCUCGCAGGCUUUCCUUUUCUCAUUGGUGCAUCAAGGAAGUCAUUCCUAGGCACCAUACUUGAGGGUGGAAAUGGAAGAACCACUCAGCCUAAGGAACGAGGCUGGGCCACGGCCGCGACCGUUGCCUGUGCUGUUCAACAAGGCGCUUGUGCUGUUCGAGUACAUGACAUUUCAGAAAUGGCGGAUGUUCUUCGGGUGGCGAAUUUAUUGUGGCGGUCGCAUUAA